GAGCUGACAGAGUUGAAUAUUGCUUUCCACGUGCUUCUUGGUGAACCAGACAAGGUCCUUCCAGAUUUUGUGAAAUCCAAAGAAAUUGGUGGUGUUGUGGCAGACUUUACACCUUUAAGGAAACCUCUUAAAUGGCUGGAAGAUAUUGCCAAGAAACUGCCAAAAAAUGUUCCACUUUGUCAGGUAGAUGGCCACAACAUUGUGCCCUGCUGGCAAGCCUCUCCAAAGUUGGAGUAUGGAGCAAGAACCAUUCGCCCUAAAAUCCAUGACCAGUUAAAGCAGUUUCUUACGGAAUUCCCACCAGUAAUUAACCAUCCACAUGCUGGAGAUUAUGAUAUAAAGGCAGUGGAUUGGGAAGCAGUGGAUAGUUUCAUUGAUGUUGAUCGUGCUGUUAAAGAUGUUGAUUGGGCUAAAGCAGGAACUGAGGCUGGUCUGGAAAUGUUGGAAUCAUUCUGUAACAGCAGGCUCAAAUAUUUUGCAACAGAUAGGAACAAUCCCACAAAGGAAGCUUUAAGUAACUUAUCACCAUGGUUUCAUGCAGGUCACAUAAGUGUCCAGAGAGCAAUCCUCAGAGUAAGAGAGUUCCGCAGCAAAUCUAAAGACUCUGUUGAGGCCUUCAUUGAGGAAGCAGUUGUUAGGAGAGAAUUAGCUGAUAAUUUUUGCUUUUACAACUUGGAGAAUUAUGACUCAAUCAAAGGGACAAAUGCUUGGGCACAGAAGACUCUGCAUGAUCAUGCACAGGAUAAACGGGAAUAUUUGUACACAAGAGAAGAGCUUGAAAGUGGGAACACACAUGAUGACCUUUGGAAUGCUGCUCAGCUUCAGCUGGUAAAUGAAGGCAAAAUGCAUGGUUUCCUAAGAAUGUACUGGGCAAAGAAAAUUCUGGAGUGGACAGCCAGCCCUGAAGAGGCCCUUGAGGUGUCUCUCUUCCUUAAUGACAGGUUCAGUCUGGAUGGCAAUGACCCUAAUGGAUAUGUGGGUUGCAUGUGGUCAGUAUGUGGAGUGCAUGAUCAAGGUUGGGCUGAAAGACCGGUGUUUGGAAAGAUACGCUACAUGAACUAUAAUGGCUGUAAGAGGAAGUUUGAUGUUGGAGAGUUUGUUAGAAAACAUGGCAAGAAAAAGCAGGACACUACUGGGGGGACUGAUAAAAUUUUGAAGAACAAGAAACGAAAGGCAGCAGGAAUAAGCUGAACAUGCUCUAUGUUGAAAACAUGCUCCAGUUUUUAGUUCUUUGCUAAAUAGUUGUCAGUGUGUAUUUGGGAGUUUUAUUUUGACAACCCAGUGUCCAUUGAAGUUGAGCUCCCCGACUCUAUCCAGGUUAGCACUUUGUUGCAAAAUUCAAUGGCAGGGUUUAGUCAUGUCUGAUAUUUUCAAAAGGGAGAUAGAGAAGAGAGAGAGACUGGCUUCAGUCGUUCAAAUGCUGGAUAGUACUAUCUGUUUGAAAACAGUCUACAAUAAUUAUAUAUUACACUUUCCCUGUAUAACAGUUUAUCCAGUGAAUAGCAUUAUGUAGCCUUCAUAUAGCUAUGGCCAUUUUAAUAUGUCAGGUGUCUGCAUACUCUUAAGGGAGACUCCAGAAGGUUAAUGGGAAAGAAGUCAAUUGAUAGGUUAGAGUCUGUUGUUGUUAUUUAGAAAAGAAAGUAGUUGUGUUAUAGUGCAAGGAACAUGCUGGAUUUAAAGGAAACAUGGGAAAAUUUAUUAAUGUGGUUGCUGUGCUUAUGCACUUUUCUGCUGCAGGAAAUAUUCUCUCUCUAUGGACUAUGAGUAGCCAUACAUUGCUUUGAAAAUAAAAUAGUUGUCAAACUGCAUGCCUUCUUAUGAAAGAAAAGUGUCUUACUGGGUGAAGUUGUUGUAUUGUCAUCAACAUUUGUUUUUUUCCAUGAAGGCUUAUAUUUAUUCUGUCACUGCACAAUCCAGAAAACCCAGGUCAAAAAGGUCAAGUUAUGUCUUUCUGGUGAACUUCUGUGAUCUUCACAAAAAAAAUCAGGUCUGUAUGGGAUGACCAACACCCAGUUGGUUUGGAGAAAGAUAUAUUUUUUUUGUCUUGUCACGAGCAUGGGACAAAGAAAAAAUUCAGAGCCCCCAUGAGGAAUCGAACCUCAGACCUUCGGAUUCUGUGCUUCGAUGCUCUAACCAAUGAGCCACAGAGACUCCACUGUGAGCGAGGUCUAUUAUGACAUGCAUCCUGCAUACUGCUAGGAUUGGCAAUGUGGAAAGUGUAAUGUUUGUAGAAAGAAUUAAGAGAUAUGGUAAAUUUUGAGCUCAGUAAAUAAAUAGAGAAAGAUGUGUUUUUUCAUCUUGUCAUGAACAUGGGACAAAGAAAAAAUUCUGAGUCUCUAUGAGGAAUCAAACCUCAGACCUUUGGAUUAGCUCAGUUGGUAGAGAACUGAACCAGUACAGCAGAGGUCAUGGGUUCAAAUCCUGUACAGGACAGAAUUUUUUUUAUACCUUAUUUUCGCUACUGGUAAAUAGUGUAAAUUACUAUGAAAAUCGCUUUCAUUUUUAUUUCUUUAACUGCAGUUCAUGCAUAUGAUUUUCAUAUAUUCACGGUCAUUGACAAAACAAAAUAGUUGUAAAAAAACAAGGGUUUUCCUUUUCAUUCCUUCCUUUACCCAGGAAGUUUACCAUCUGGACCCAGUGUUUUAGCUUGUGACCUGAAGUGUGAAAAGUUGGCUGUUUGCUUAAAGUACAACAAACUAAGAAAAUAAAGGAAAUCUUAAGUGCUCCCUGUAAGAUUUUUACUUCAAGUUGACUUUUGUUGUGUCUUGAAAGGACUGAGUGAUGAUUGGUUACAGUCAGAGCUGUUUUUAUACCUUAUAUAUGCAAUACUUUACCAGCAAGCACCUCUGCUGUAUUUGAUUUUCACUUCUUUAUCUCUUAAAGACACAAAGCUGCAACUAGUUUUAAAAAGUGUUUUACCAAAAUGUCUAAUAGAGCUUCUAUAUUUUAAAUGAGCUGGAAUUUGAAUGGAGCAAUGUCUUUUUCAAGUCAAUGUACAAAGAAUUCUCCUAUGUUUCUCUUUGUUUAAAAAUCAAUCACUUGUGUCUUAACAAACAGGGAAAAAAGAAGAAAGAAUUUGUUUCACGAAAAUGACAUUGCUUCUCUUCGUGAGCCUACCUAUUAACAGAUUACAGUAACAUUUUAAGAACUAUCCUCAGUAACUGUUACAACUUUCAACACCUCAUUAACACUAUGAAAAGGGUAGUAUCAUUUGUGUAUCAUUUUCAUAACAUUGAUGUCAAUUGUG